GGACGUGCUUUCCUGUUUUUUUUUUUUUGUUUUUUUUUAUUUCGCUGUCUCUCCAAGCUCAAAACAAAGAGGCUUGAAAACAUCAAGUUGACUUGAAAGUCUGGAAUUUGAGCUCAUUUUACAGCUGCCCCUCGUCAUUUUUUUUCUAGCCGUUUUAUAACCGGCACUUUACUGCCUUAUCCUUUCAUCACGGGGAUCCUUCUGUGUGUGUUGCCUGCGGGACUUUUCACGCACCGUUUGUUUUCUGCCUUCUGAGCAAGAACGUGUCUGAGUGGAUUUAUGUGCCUUUGGUUCCUAAAUAAUGAGGAACAUGAAACUAGAAGAACCCUGAAUGCAAAAAACAGAAGACAUCUUUGUGAUUGGAGAGGCGCUCUUCUACACUCCAUCCCUAAUUAAGAGCCAAGUCUACCUGCUAGUGGAGUGGUGAACAGCAGAUCAGCUCCCGGCACCAUGUUGACGUUGUUGAUAUGCCUUUGGUGUGUAAUGGACGGUGUGGAUGGCACUUUUAUUACAGUCAACAGGGGCCUGAAGGUGACAAAAGGCCAAUCUGCUUUUUUGAUGACGGACGAUCUACAAUUUGAUAUCCCCAAAGAGAAAGAUGCCUGCAAAGUGGAGGUCAUCACCAAUGAGCCCAUCACUCAACGUGUGGGGAAGCUCACGCCAUUGGUAUUUGACUGCCAUUUUCUACCUGAUGAAGUGAAAUAUACACACUAUGGCUGCCCAAUUCUGGAUGAAGAUCGUGUCAUGUUUCGACUUUACAGGUUCACCACAACUGAAACUUUUACAGAAGUCUUCACUCUUCAUGUGAAGUUGAUGGAACCGGACUGUAACAUGAUUAAGCUGGGACCACAGGUGCUCGAGGUGCCGGAAUUUCAUGGCCUGUCUCAAGUAAUUGAUAGUAACGUGUUGUCCUUCGACUAUGAGCAUACACCGAAUCUGGAGUGUACCGUAAGAGUGGCCACUCAGGAGUCACUGCUUCCUGCACAUGGACAGUUGGUUAUUGGAGAACCAGAAAGAACAGAGCCAAGAGGGGAUGUGCCACACAGCUUUGGACCAGCACGACAAAGAAUAAUGACCAGUGCCAUGUUAACCUGCAAAGACGGCAGCUGCUCCAAGGGUAUGAAGUUGGUAGAGACAACAAAAGUUAACUGUCGAGAUUUCCUGCUCAUGGGUUUGAGGUACCAGCAUCUGAGCCCUCCUUCUCCUGCAGUUGACUACAUAGCCAUCAGGCUCGACCUCACCGACACCAGAAGCAGGACGACGCACAAGUCAGAACACGCCUGGAUUCCAGUCCAUAUUAAAAACGCCAUCCCAAAUCAACCUCCAAAAGCUUCUUUCAUGUCAAUGUUCAUCCUUGAAGUGGAUCAGUUUAUUCUAACCUCUCUAAGCACAGCCACUCUUGAUGCGGAAGACAGUGAAACGCCCAAGGAUCUGCUGGUCUUCAACAUUACACGACCUCCCCAGCAAGGGUAUAUUACUCACCUCACGGACCACACCAAGCCAAUUACUUCUUUCACUUGGAAAGACCUCAAUGAGAUUUUGAUAGCCUAUCAACCUCCAAAUGGCAGCCACACAGAGAGAAGGAACUUUGAGAUGGAGUGUGAGGUGUACGAUUUUUUCUUUGUGCAAAGUUCUCCCUUUGUCGUGCACAUUUCAGUCAGGACCGCUGACACAAAUGCUCCAAGGGUUUCUUGGAAUAUGGGCUUGGACUUACUGGAAGGACAGACUCGACCCAUAACCUGGGAGCAGCUGCAGAUUGUGGACAAUGAUAACAUUAAGAACGUGCAGAUCAUCACAGUCGACGGUCUUCAGCAUGGAAGACUCACUGUAAGAGGUGGCAAAGGCUUCAUGUUCACCGUCAAUGACAUCAAGGCUAAUGAAGUGAGGUACCAUCAUGAUGACAGUGACACAACAAAAGACUUCAUCGUCUUCAGAAUCUCCGAUGGUCGCCACAGUAUCCGACACAAAUUCCCUAUCAACAUCCUACCGAAAGAUGACAGUCCACCUUUCCUCAUCACAAACAUGGUGCUGGAACUUUGUGAGGGUCAAUCACUCCUCAUUCAGCUGUCAAUGCUUCAGGCCUCUGACAUGGACUCCUGUGAUGACUACAUCUUGUUUAAUAUCACUCAGCCACCAACGGCGGGAGAGAUUCGGAAAAAACCCGGACCACUUCUCACAGGUUACCCCGUCCAGCGCUUUCUUCAGAGAGACCUGUUCAAUGCCAUUAUUUAUUACCAUCAUCUGGGAAAUGAAGUGUUUGAAGAUUCCUUUGAGUUUGUGCUCUCUGACAGCCAUGACCCACCCAAUCUAUCAGAGCCACAGGUUGUUAUGGUCCACAUCACACCGGUGGAUGAUCAGUUGCCUAAAGAAUCUCCCGGGACAAGCCGACAUCUGGUUGUCAAGGAAACGGAAGUUGUCCACAUCACCAAGAAGCAGCUGCACUUCACGGACCCCGAGUCGCCCGACAGGGAGCUCACCUACACCAUCACCACACUGCCGUACUUCACGUCACUGUCCGGGAGACCUGAUGCAGGAAAGUUGUUCUUACUCGACAGCACCUCCAAAUUCACUAAAGAUGCAACUGUUCCAAUGCUAAGAUCAUUCACCCAGCAUGCUGUGAACUUCAUGAAGGUAGCUUACAUGCCACCCAUCCAAGAUAUCGGUCCUGAAGCUCAACAUAUCCAGUUUAUCUUCUCCGUUUCAAACCAGCAUGGAGCCACAGUGAUUGGCAUCUGCUUCAAUAUCACCGUCCUCCCUGAAGACAAUCAGGCACCUCAGGUAUUCACAAAUGAGCUCACCGUACAGGAAGGAGGCGCAUGCCAAGUAACGGAGAAACACCUAAUAGUGGUCGACCAGGACACAAAGGAGGAGAGGAUUUGGAUCCAGCUGGUGAGGAAACCUCAACAUGGCCACUUAGAGAUGAAUGCAUUCCCCAUUCAAGAAGGUGGAAUGUUCAGUUUGCAAGAUCUCAAAAGCCACAAAAUUAGGUAUCAUCACGACAGCUCAGAGACAUCACACGACAAGAUUCUUUUCUUUGCUACAGAUGGUAUCCAGUCUACAGAUUUUGUUCUUCACUUUAAGGUGCUGCCUGUGAAUGACGAAGCUCCCGUUGUAAAGGAAGGCCUGCGAUCAACUUUACACUGUGGAGAAGGCCACGAAGUGAUCAUCACCACUGAAUAUCUCUAUGCCACCGACAGCGACAGUGACGACGGACAUCUGAUUUACAUGAUUGCACGCCAGCCAUAUUAUGGAGUGAUACGCAAAAAUGGCGUCAUCGUGGACCAGUUUAUCCAGGCAGACAUUGUUUCACGGAUUAUUACCUAUCAGCACACAGGAGGGGAGGUCGGACUGAAGCCACGGAUCGACACCAUCACCUUUGUCAUCUCGGAUGGAAAUGCUGCCAGUCAGCCAGGCUGCUGCCCGAGCGAUUUUCAAGCUCCAGCAGUGCCCACUCAUGACAACCUCCCAGUUUAUGAUCUUAAUGUGACAGUUUUCCCUGUUGACAAUCAGCCUCCUACAAUUGUCAUUGGGGAGAUGUUUGUUGUGGAUGAAGGAUCAUCAGCUUCUAUUACCCUCAGCCAUCUGAAUGCCCAUGAUCCAGACACGAGCCCUGAUCAUCUGGAGUUCAUUUUGGCUUCUCCACCCCAGUUUGGUUACAUUGAAAACACACUGCCAAGCCCCGGCUUUGAAAAGAGCAAUAUGGGGAUUAGCAUAGGCUCUUUUGCUCUGAAUCACGUGAAGCAGAACCAUAUCAACUACGUCCAGUCGCGGCAUGAGAGAAUCGAGCCAACCACUGACCAGUUUCUGCUUUAUGUAACCGAUGGCAAGCGUCGCUCCAGAGAAACUCCUUUUUACGUCAUCAUAAACCCUGCUAAUGAUGAAGUCCCAGAUUUUCUUGCCCGCAACAUCACUGUUCAAGAAGGCCAAAUGAAAGAGUUAGAUGCAUCCAUAAUCAAUGUGGUGGACCUGGAUAUUCCCAGAGAUCAGCUGGUCUUCACCAUUACGAAGCAGCCACAACAUGGCAUGAUAAUGAAUGGCAUUUAUGGCAACGACAUUGCCCGCUAUCGACGACUUGCUCACAAUCAUCUGAACAACAAGCUUCCCGUCUAUGACUUCACCAUUGACAGCCUGAGGCACGGAAUGAAAGUCAUGUACUUGCACGAUGACUCUGAGAACAUGGCCGAUGGCUUCGCAGUACAACUCUCUGAUGGCAAGCACAAGGUUCACCGAUACGUUUCUGUGAAGAUCCUGCCGGUCAAUGAUGAGAAACCUCAAGUGAUAAGAAACUCUGGGAUUCACGUGGAAAUGGGUGAAUCUCGGAUUAUUUCCAGUGCUGUGCUCGAAGCAGAAGACAAAGACACCCCUCAAGACCUUCUCAUUUACACUUUCGACAGAGUGCCCAAGCAAGGCGUCCUUCAGCUAAAAGGUGACUCAGGGUGGACCCCGCUGGCUGAUGGAAUGACUUGCGCUCAAGAAGACAUUGAUAUGAACCUGUUACGUUACGUGCAUACUGGUGCCCUGAGCUCAGAUGUGCAUGAUUCAUUUGUCUUUCAUGUGAAAGAUGGUGGACACCAGUCUCCUCCUCAAACAUUCUCCAUCAUCAUCAAGGAUAUGAAGAAAGGAGACAUUGCUGUGUUUGCUAAGCCCCUUCGAGUCUCUAAAGGAGAGAGAGCCAUACUAACAACCAGCGUUCUGAUGGCAGAGGACAGCACGGACAAACCUGAAGAGCUCCUUUUUGUUAUCACCUCCCCUCCUACGUCAGGCCACCUGGAGUAUGUUAACCAUCCAGGAGUGCCAAUCACCAGCUUCAGCCAGAUGGAUAUCGCAGCUUCAAUGGUUUGCUACGUUCACAGCAGUGCUGCCAGUCUGCCGAAGGACAUGUUUCGAUUCAUUGUCAGCAAUGGCGUGUCCACCCGGAAUAGGACUCUGGAGAUCACGGUGGAAAUGAGCGACCGCCACCUGCCCACCGUUUCCCAGAAUGCUGGUCUUCAGGUGCCCGAGGGCUCAAUGAUGGUUAUUCCAACAGAGGCCUUGCAGAUCUCUGAUCCUGAUACCCCGGCACAAAAUCUGACCUUCCUCCUAGCUCAAAGGCCACAAUUCGGGCAGCUGUUCCGAAGGGGCUCUCCACUGCAGCAGCGGCACUUCACUCAGUUUGAUGUGGACAGCUUGCACAUGGCCUACAAACACGGUGGAGGUGGUGCACAGAUUGACCGCUUCAGUUUUGUAGCCUCUGAUGGCACAAAUUCAGGAUUCAUUGUGGAUGGAAAGAUGCAAACAGAGCCAAUAUUUUUCAUGAUUCAGGUGGAACCGCUAGACAAAUCUGCCCCCAGAAUCAUUCACCAUCAGUGUCUGACAAAAGUGGAUCUUCUUCAAGAUGGCCGUUAUGCAAUCUACAUUUCCUCCUAUGAGCUGAAGGCCACAGAUGCUGACACCAAGGAUGAAGACAUUUACUUUAAUAUUGUACGAGCGCCACAUUUUAGUUAUUUGGAAAAUGUUACCACAGGUGAACUAAUUCAACGGAGAUUCACCCAGAAGGAUCUGAACCGGCGUACCAUUCGGUACAUCAUUAAGCCCUUUCUGGGAGCCGUCUCAGACAGUGUGGAGUUUCAGGUCUCAGACGCAACAGGAAAUGCAUGCGUUCUUCAAACAUUGGAAAUGAAGUGGUCUCAGGUGGAGUUUUCCCAGUCAGAAGUCAAUGUGUGUGAAGGUACAGGAUCAGUGUCAUUAGUGAUCACCAGGAAAGGAUUCAUGAUGGAGUCCUCGUAUGUUGGAGUCCAGGUCAAUGAACGUUCUGCUUCAUUAGGGACGGAUUUCUCCCUUAGCACAUCCAGCCUAAUUCAGUUUGAUCCAGGGGUAGCGAGCAGAACUUUGAGCAUCAACAUUGUGAAUGAUGGCCUGGAAGAAGGUGAGGAAUUGUUUGAGGUGCUUCUGAACUCUCCUGUGAAUACCGUACUCGGAGAGCGUGUGAAAACCACAGUGAAAAUUCAUGACACCACUGGAGGUCACUGCCACACCACUAAAAACAGACACUCAGCUCCAGAAAUAGGACAAGCCAUUCCAGUUGCUGUUGAUUAUCGACCUCCCCAUCAUGGCUCAAUCCGACUUGAGAAACUUCCCAUCGUGCCUGUUGACAGUGUUGGUCUGACAAGAGGGGAUGUGCCACAGGAACCCAAGCCUUUGUCUCAGACUAAACUCAGAGUUGUUGGAAAUGGAAAAACUGUACGUCCAUCAUCGGUUCAUCGAAACGGGACAGAUUUAGUGUUUACGUAUCAUGGCCUUAUGUCUUUGAGAGUGGAGGAUGAGUCGAGCCCACCCACCUCUGAUAAAAAAGCCAGAGUACUGGUUACCAGUAAAGGACAGCAGCGACAUCGUAAUGUCCCUCCUGGAGUCACAGAGCUGUUUCAUGCUGACCGAGGUGCAGUACGUAUACCUGGACAGACUGGCUCUAAGAGAUCUUUUCCAAAGCUUUGCACCCCUGAUCUGAGAGGACUGAUUCAUUAUGAUAAAGAUGCUCAAGUUCUCUUCCGCUGUGAUGGAAUUUCUUGGAAACCAUGGCAACCUAGCACUGAUGAUCUUACUGCCAAGAAAUGCCCAGCUGGUUGGAGCUAUCACACCCCCUACUGUUAUUACAUGAGCACUGAUCAGAAAGUGUCCUGGAAUUCUGCAGCCAGAACCUGCAAGGAGAAACAUCAUGGCAGCCUGGUGAGCAUCCUUUCGAAGUCUGACAUGGACUGGUUGUGGGACUUUAGUGGAAGAACAUCAUUUUGGAUUGGCCUAAAUGACCGAGUAAAUGCUGGGCAGUGGGAAUGGGUUGGUGGAGAGCCGGUGUCCUACACAAACUGGAGGAAGGAACCUUCUCGAGCGAGGAAGAAGGGCGGCACAAACUGUGUGCAGGUUCAGAAACGAGGGAAGUGGCAGGUGAAAGACUGCAAGAAGGGCAAACACCAGCAUUUUGUGUGUCAUGUGAAACCUUGAAUGAGCUGUGCUGAUGCCCUCGUACGGAGAAAACAGCAGAGCAACACCUCCAUGUGAGGCCGAAGGGAACUAAUGUUGAAUUACGGCACAAACAUGAGGAGCAAUGACCCUACACCCGGGAAAUACACAGCCUGCGAUUAAAUGGCUGAUAUCUUUUAUUCUCACAAUUAUUUUAAAUGCUAUUUUUAUUACCGGUAUAUCUUUGCCAACAUGAUUUAUGGUAAAUGUACUGUACAUAUUUCAUUUUUUUAUAUAUUUAUUUAUAAUCACAGUUUAUGUUGCGUUUUAUGAAUACACUGUGUUUUAAAAAGUUA